UAUAGGAUUUAUUCACUAUGCAGCGGUGAGACAUCGUUUGAUAGGUCGCGCUGAACAGGUAAAUGUGUGUCACUGCGAUGGACUGAGAUGAAACGGCUUCAAAGAAUUGUUCUGUCCCCAAAAUGGACUAUACUUAAAGAAAGUAAGGAAUAAGAAGAUUCGCAGCCAUUGAUGGAUACCUAAUCUGAGUGAUAUCUCCAGUACAGUAAUUUGUGAAUUGUUUAACCAACGCCAUGCCGCUGAGGGUGCCAGUGAAGUGGCCUCUGUCUUAUGGCUUUCAGAUAUAUGGGCGUGGUCCAUGUUAUGUUAUCUAUGUGGAGAAGGGCAGUGUUGCUCAUCGGUCAGGGCUUAUGCCGGAGACCAGCUUCUGCAGCUGGAGGGACGAGAUGUGACGGCUCUGUCGGCAGAAUCAUUGAGAAUACUCGCCAAACAAAGCCGUGCCCAGCCUCCAGGAGUCGAAGUAGUGUCAUGUCUGUGUCAAGUGGAUAUACCCGCUCGGAAUGCAACAGGGUACGGAUUUACUCUAGUGGAAGGGCGCCCUCUGGUUGUGGGAGCUGUCGACUUCGGAAGUCCUGCCUACAGAGCCGGACUAAGGAUAGGUGAUGUGAUUCUGGAGGUGAACAACCAGCCCGCCCUAAGUCUAGAUGAUGUGGGGAGACUAUCCAAGGCGGGACGGAUGAGUCUCCUAACCAUCCCAGUCGGACGGACCGCCAACAUGCUGCAAGUGGAGAAGAACCUGAACAAGUCCACACCUGCCAAACACCGGGUCCAGAGGGCCAGGGACCUCCAUGACAAGAUGAACCUCAUCCUUGGAGAUGACUAUGAGAAGAAGAUGGCCGUUGUGGGAAUACUCAAGCAAUAUGCCGAGGAUCGGGAUGUUGAUGUGUUUUGUGAGGCGCUUGGUGUCAUUCUUAAAACUCCUCAUCAACGACGGGUUCUCAGGCAAAUCAGACCUUUUGUGCCACCCAAUCACCGCCCCCGAUUUGAAGAGCUCAUGAAGAUGAAGAACCCAUCUCACAUGUCAAGUGACCAGUCAAGCAAUGUGUCUGGAGGCAUGGCCCACAAGAUCGGAUACAGAAGAGUAAUCCAGGUUAUACGAGAUGAUGGCAGUUUUGGCUUCAUCAUCAAGGGAAGUAACCCUGCCUACAUCGAGAACCUUGAUGACGGUGGCCCAGCAGAUAAAGCUGGACUUCAGCCAAGAGACUUCAUCAUGAGACUCAAUGGCAUUGAUGUCAGACGUGCUGACCACAACCGCCUUGUGCAGCUGUUGAGGGACAGUGGGACGGCGCCGACCUUGGAGGUGCUGCGCUGUGUUGGGGGACUCAACUCUCCUACCAUCAGCCUGAGUUCACUGUCCACUGAUUCAUCUGAUUCAAGCCAUGCUUCCACAGAGUGGCUGACUGAUCAGAAGUUUGUCGAUAAAGAGGGGCGCACAUUCAAGCAAAGGGUUGAUUUUCUGUUGACAUCGAAGGAGAGAUCUCACCUAAAGAGAUCAAUGCAGACCUAUGAAGUGACGCGAGAUGUGGUGGAGCUUGAAACAAGUCUGUCUGAAAUUCUGGACACACCAUCAAAGAGGACUUUGUGGAUGUUUGUGAUCGCCCGUCUGCCUCCUCAACAUCAGGAGUUCUGUAUUCACCGAAUCAGUCUGCCUCAACACAUCCUGCUGGAGGUUUUGCGAACACAGCAGAAAAUAAACGGCCAUGGGCAAAUGACAGCAAAUGGUCUCCAGCAGGCUGGGUGGGAGACCCACAUCGGGACGUCUGCCCGUCUGCCCGCUUCCUUCCAGCAGCAGAUCGAGUUCCUGCUCACAUCACAGGAGCGGAUACAGAUCAAGCGCUCCCUCCAUAUGUAUGAAGACAACAGAGAUGUGAAGGCUCUGCUGAAUGAGCUGGAGGAGAUGCUGGACACGCCAUCCAAAAAGACAUUGUGGAAGUUUAUCCUGCCGUUGCUGACAACGUCGCACCAAGAUAUUGUCAAACGCAGACUUGACUUCCGACAGCAGUACAUAACCAGUCAGAUUUCUGACUCAGCAAUGGAUUCCUACAUUGGUCCACCUGACGAUGACCUUCAUGAUGACCUUGCAGUUCAGGAGGAGAUUGAGAUCGGGUCUGGGAAAGUCCAUCAUCGUCAGGAGGAAUUGUCAUUGUCUGAUGAUGAGGAACAGACCAGUUCAGCUUCUUCUGAAUCUAUCGAGUGGCGACCAAAAUCCAAAGAUCUCAAGGAGAGGUCUGAGCGUGCCCUACUGCGGGAGUUGGAGGAGACGAGGAAGGCUGUGCAAGAUGUCAGGGAGGCACUUAUGAGCCGGACGGUUCUUAUUGCAGGUGAUUCUAAUGGCAGUCCCCCUGUUCGCAAAUGGAGAAUCUCCAGACUCGAAUUUGUAACUGUUAUCCCGAUCGGGUACCAGGAACAGGUAAAGCAUAGUUCCCAUGGCAACAUCCCAAAUGGAGUGUCCACAGAGGUAAAGAUUCAUAAUAAUGUGAGCCACACCACCUCAAAUGAAUCGUCGCAGAGCUCUGUCGGCAACCAUGUGUUUUAUAGUACAGAUGAAACGGACUAUCACACAGAUAGGGACUUAUCCAGCUACUCUGGGGACACGUUCAACCAGAAGGCCAUGGUGGCCCUGAAGGAACUGGAUGCUGUGAUGGCUGCUGAAGCAGAGGAACUGGAGCGACCCGUGGUCAACAAGAGUCAUCAGACUAAUGGUGUUUUGGGACCCAGGACCAAUAACAUUACCAUAGUGACCAAGAGUGACCAGGCUGCAGUCAAUGGGGUUGUGUCGAGGUCAGGGAGUAGUGUAACUGCCCAGAACAACCGAGUGUCCAGAUCCAGUAGUAAUGCCACAACUCGGAAUAAUACGUUUGCUGCACCAGCCCAAGCACCACCACCACCGCCGCCGCCCCCGCCGCCACCACCACCACCUCCUCCACCACCACCAGGUCCCAGCAGUAAGAUAGAGCCAGGCGGCAUGAACGUGAAGAGGAUCAACUGGGAGAAGCUGGACAACAACAUUGUGGAGAACACAAUAUGGAGAAAUGUCAAUAAAGACAAUGCUUCCCUGGAAAAGAUGGUCAAGCAUAUGGAGCUGGAAAAUCAGUUUAGUACCAAGAUGCAGAAAACACAUUUUCAUGAGAAGCGACAGGAGCUCUGUAUUCUUAAUCCAAAGAAAGCCUACAAUGUGUCCAUUCUGAUGGGUCACCUGAAGAUGACCGGAGCCAAGAUGAAGGAGGCCCUGUAUCGGAUGGAUGAACACAUCUUGACUCCGGAGCUCAUUAAACAACUCCUGGCUUACUCUCCGAAUGGGACAGAGAUGGCCAGCUAUGGUGAUUUCAAGGGAGACAUUGAAGAUCUUAGCAAACCUGACCAGUUCACGUAUGAGAUGAGCAGGAUUCCAGGGUACCAAUCGCGACUCCACGCUAUGCUGUUCAAGACAAACUUUGAGGAGAAAAUCUCUGAAAUGAAGGAGAAUCUGCAUUUCAUCAAGACAGCAUCAGUAGAAAUGAAAGAGAGCAAGAAGUUGGCAAAGAUUUUAGAGCUGAUCCUGGCGAUGGGGAACUACAUGAACAAGGGCAACCAGAGAGUUGGAGAAGCAGCUGGCUUCAGAGUCACCUUCCUCACACAGCUGGACGUUACAAAGACAAGCGACAACAAGCUGACCUUCCUCCACGUACUGGUGGACACCAUCAAGACCAAGUUCCCAGAGCUCAUCACACUCAGCGAGGAAAUUAACUCAGUUUCUAAAGCUAGUAAAGUGUCCAACGUUCUGCUCCAGCAGGAGUUACUGGAUCUCAGAAAGGCAGUACAGGAAAUCUCCAGCACCCUGGAGAAGAUGAAGGGGCACCAACCACCUGCCGGCAUCACCGACAGAUUCAAUGACGUCAUUGGUAAAUUCAUUGGGCGUGCCACCAGUGAGGUGCAGUCGAUGUCCCGUCUUCAGACUACCGCCAUGGAGGCGUUCCACGACAUGGUGCAGUACUUCGGGGAGGACCCCAACAAGAUGGACACAAGCGACAUGUUCGGAAUAUUCAACCAGUUCGUUAUUAAGUUUGAGAAGGCACAUCGAGACAAUUUGCAGCGUCACUGACAUUAGCCGCCACUCACUUUUGCCACAACCCUGCACAUUUGAUAUGGCCUCACGUUUGAGUUGAUCUGUUGAGCUUCAGCAUGUGAACUGUACCAAACACGUCCAUCUAUGUUGGCAGUGCACAGGAAAGCCAUCUAUGUAUGUCUUUGAUUGUAGUUGGUGUACAGGAAAGCCAUCUAUGUAUGUCUUUGA